AUGCGAAAUUCUGCUUUGGGACCAAAAUUAAUACUUAGUAGAGCCCAGGUAGAUGACACAGAAGACAUACCUGAGGAACCUGAAGAUUUUGAUGCAAUUAUAGUUUAAAAGAAGAAGAUCAAAUAUAAAGCAACGAGAGAAGAUCGAUUUGAUGCAAAAGGACGCUAAAUUAAAUAAGGAACUGGAUAUGGAAUUCAUUUCGACAAUUUUAUUACAGUUUGUGUUUUUGAUCCAAACGAGGAAGUAGUAUAAAUAAAGGACACGUUAUCCAAUUGCACUAUGGCUAUUGAUCAAUCAAAAAUAAAUCCAAGAUUGGAUAUAAAAUAUAUAGCUGAAAACGUAGGAGAUGAAAUCAUUCUCUUUUCAAUCCUUAAAAAAUAAAAAAACAAAUGA